UUUACUAAAAUGUGAAGCCAAAACCAGAGAUGAAAUAAAAUCCGGUUUUGUUUCUUGUCUGUCUCUCUUUGAAUUCUGAAUUCAGUUCGCUAAUGGGGUCUCUUCCUCCGGUUGGGGAUAUGUCCCUUUCUUCAUGCCAAUGGCCCCCAAAAUCCCCAAAUCCAAAUCCAGAUCUAAGCCCUAUCGACGAAUCUACACUCCUCGAUCUCUUCAAAUCCCAGCAAAAUCACCUCAAUUUCUUCUUCCACAAUCUCGAUCUCUCUCAGACUCUGAAAUUCACCGUUACCCUUCUCAACGCACCCGGUACCAUCUUCUUCUCCGGCGUCGGCAAGUCCGGUUUCGUCGCUCGUAAGAUCUCACAAACCCUAGUUUCACUCGGAAUCCGAUCCGCGUUUCUUUCCCCUCUCGACGCGCUUCAUGGGGAUAUCGGCAUCUUGAAUUCCGGCGAUGUUCUUGUGCUCUUUAGCAAGUCUGGCAACACCGAAGAGCUUCUUCGCCUGGUUCCUUGCGCUAGGGCGAAAGGUGCGUACCUCAUCGCCGUCACCUCUGUUGAAGCCAAUGUGCUUGCUGGGGUUUGUGAUAUGAAUGUGCAUUUGCCUCUCGAGCGUGAAUUAUGCCCUUUUGAUCUGGCCCCGGUCACCUCCACUGCGAUUCAGAUGGUUUUUGGUGAUACUGUGGCGAUUGCGCUCAUGGGUGCGCGCAAUUUGACCAAAGAGGAAUAUGCCACUAAUCACCCCGCUGGGAGGAUCGGCAAAAGCCUCAUUUUCAAGGUAAAAGAUGUGAUGAAGAAACAGAGUGAGCUUCCUGUGUGCAAAGAAGGAGAUCUAAUAAUGGAUCAAUUGGUGGAGCUUACCAGCAAAGGAUGCGGCUGCCUACUUGUCAUAGAUGAGGAAUAUCACCUGAUUGGGACAUUUACCGACGGUGAUUUGAGGCGCACUCUCAAAGCUAGUGGUGAAGGCAUCUUCAAGCUCACUGUGGGCCAAAUGUGCAACAGGAAACCGAGAACAAUUGAUCCCGAGGCGAUGGCGGUGGAUGCCAUGAAAAAGAUGGAAGCUCCCCCAUCUCCUGUUCAAUUUCUGCCUGUUAUCAAUCUUCAAAAUAUGUUGAUUGGCAUUGUCACAUUACAUGGCCUAGUUUCUUCAGGACUGUGAUUGACAUAUGCCACAUUUCUUUAUUGUUCAAUUCUUUGAAUUACUGUUCAACAUUGAUAAUGCAAUCGAAGUGUAUAAGAAAACUUGAUAUUAUGUA